AUAUAUAUAAUAAAAUUUCAAAUAUUUUUCGCCAAUUGGGUUAAGCAUGAGAUUUUAUAACAUUAAGAAUCAUAAGGGAAUCCAUUAAAUUCCAGUUAGUGACUUAUUACUUGCAAUUCAAUCAGUUUCGAUUUGGUCUUGAAUUUGAUGGGUUUUCUGCCAAGAGGGUCUUGCGAGGGAACGAGAAACCAUUAGAUGAUGACGACAACCUAUUAAAUCUUCGACCACUGGUCCAAACAUAUAAAUACAUCUCUCGAUUUCUCUGCAGGUCUGCUCUCGCUCUUGAAGAAGUAUAACCCAGAGCACUUGGAUGCCAUUUUCAGAUACAAACAGGUGAAUGAUAUAGCUGCUAAUCUACCGGAAAAGAGUUUUCAAUUGUCACGGAUUAGAAAAUGGCGUCAAGAAGCAGAAGCUAUAUAUACUUGCUGUUAUUUUUUCUGUUAGUGAAGCAUCUGCCGGAUCAGGUUAUUUCUUCUGCAGCUGGACUUGGAAAUCCUCUGGUUGAAAAGGAUAUUGACAUUCUUGCAACGUACAGUGAUGCUUCUGGCAGCAUUCGUAUCAAGAGGGUGAAAAUGAAGGACCUGUCUGCUUCCUGGGUCUUGGAAAACCCUGUAGACAAAGACCAUGAUCACCCAAAGGCUUCCCAGGCAUUUUUCCUUAUCACUUCCUCCUCACAGACAUUGAAAGGUUCAUUUCACUCUGGUAUAGAACUUCAAGAUAGUGUUGAGCAUUUGGGAAUUCACCAUCCUCCUAAAUUAGCAACAAGUCCAGUGAGGCUGCAGCGCCAGGAAAUGCGGCGAAAGAGAAGGGAUCUCCGAACUGCAUUGCUAAUUCAGCAAGAUAAAGAAGCUGACAACCAGACACGAGCAGCUGCCAUAAAAAGAUCUGAAAGCCUUGACACAACUGUUAGCGGAAAGUACAGUAUAUGGAGGAGAGAUUAUGAGAACCCGAAUUCUGAUUCUAUAUUGAAACUGAUGCGGGACCAGAUUAUAAUGGCUAAAGCAUAUGCAAAUAUAGCCAAAUCUAAUAACAAAACUAGUCUUUAUGAUUCAUUGAUGAAACACUUUAGAGAAAGUAAACGCGCUAUUGGAGAAGCUACAUCAGAUGCUGAGCUUCACCCAAGUGCACUUUCUCGAGCAAAAGCAAUGGGUCAUGUGCUCUCUAUAGCAAAGGAUCAGCUUUUCGAGUGUAAUACUAUGGCAAGGAAGUUACGCGCCAUGCUUCAGUCAAAUGAACAGGAUGUAAAUGCUCUGAGGAAGAAGAGUGGCUUCUUGAUUCAGCUAGCUGCAAAGACAGUUCCAAAACCAUUGCAUUGCUUUCCGUUGCAGCUUGCAGCUGACUAUUUCAUGCAUGGUCAUCACAAUAAAGAGUAUGUAAACAAAGAAAAACUUGAUGAUGUUUCACUUUACCACUAUGCCAUCUUCUCUGAUAAUGUAUUAGCUACAUCUGUGGUUGUCAAUUCCACAGUGCUCCACGCCAAAAAUCCUGAGAAGCAUGUGUUCCACAUAGUCACUGAUAAAUUGAACUUUGCUGCAAUGAGAAUGUGGUUUAUCAUAUAUCCCCCUGCAAAAGCAACGGUGGAAGUUCAGAACAUUGAUGAUUUUAAGUGGUUGAAUUCCUCUUACUGUUCUGUUCUACGUCAGCUUGAAUCUGCCAGGAUCAAAGAAUACUACUUUAAGGCAAAUCAUCCUUCCUCCCUCUCUGCAGGGGCUGACAAUCUCAAGUAUAGGAAUCCAAAAUAUUUGUCUAUGCUAAAUCAUCUUAGAUUCUACCUUCCUGAAGUUUUCCCAAAGCUGGACAAGAUCCUUUUUUUGGAUGACGAUGUUGUAGUUCAGAAGGAUUUAACGCCACUUUGGUCUGUGGAUCUGCAAGGGAUGGUGAAUGGUGCAGUGGAGACUUGCAAGGAGAGCUUUCAUAGGUUUGAUAAGUAUCUCAAUUUCUCUAAUCCAAAGAUCUAUGAGAAUUUCAAUUCAAAUGCUUGUGGUUGGGCAUAUGGUAUGAAUAUCUUUGACUUGAAGGAGUGGAAAAAGCGCAAUAUCACUGGAAUAUAUCAUCAUUGGCAAGAUCUGAAUGAGGAUAGAACACUUUGGAAACUGGGCACACUGCCACCAGGAUUGAUCACUUUCUAUAACCUAACCUUUCCAUUGGAUAGGAGGUGGCAUGUCUUGGGACUCGGUUAUGACCCAGCCCUUAACCAAACUGAGAUCGAGAAUGCAGCUGUAGUUCAUUACAAUGGAAAUUACAAGCCCUGGCUAGAUUUGGCUAUCCACAAAUACAAGUCUUACUGGUCUGCAUAUGUACAGUUUGAUAACCCUUAUCUCCAACUUUGCAACAUUAGCGAAUGAACCAUGGAGAAACAAAAAAAGAAAAAAAAGAAAAGAAAAAUCACAGAAUCACAUAGCUGUUAGAAAAAUUCUUUUCUCCAUUAACACAUAUCAUGCGGAAUUGAUUGUUUUCUUCUCCAACUCUGUUUUCCGAAUUCUUUACACUAAUAUUUUUAUUUUGCUGGAAGUAUGAUAAUAAAAUCAUUUAGGUAACUUAUGCCCA